AUGUCCGAGCUCGCAAGGCUUUGCAGAGAGGCGAUAAAGGAAGACCUUAAAGAGAGAAGAGCAGAAGUGCUGGCUGAAGCUGCAGAGGCGGAGAAAAGCAUCCGCUAUGCCCGUCGAGACUUCGCCAGUCGCAAGACGAGGAUGACUGCUCUCCGGAACCCGAAGGGAACAACCAUUGCAUCGAGAAGGGGAAUGGAGAGAAUCAUCUACAAUUUAUACUUUGAUCUCUUCGACAGCCACUCCACUUGCCUCCUCACCAUCUGA